UUGAGUGUGGCGCGCCUUGCGUUACAAAGCGGGGUGGCGGGGCCAGGACGCCUAAAUCCCCCCUUGUUUUUGGUGUGAAUCCCACAAAAACGACCCCUUGUUUUUUCAUCAGUAAUUCCCAGCCUCACUGCGUUUGCGCGGAGGUGCCCACACCGUCCCCUCACACGAGGGGACCUGCCCCAACACCAAGCGGGGAAAAAUGGCGGGUGCGGGGGGUUAAAGAGUGACAGAACCAUUGAGGUUGGAAAAGCCCUCCCAGAUCAUCGAGUCCAACCUGUGACCGAUCCCCCCUUGUCACCCAGACCAUGGCAAUAAGUGCCACUGUCCAGUCUUCCCUUAAACACCUCCAGGGAUGGUGAUUCCACCACCUCCCUGUGCAGCCCCUUGCAAAAAAAUGCCCCCCCCCCUUCUCUGAGGGCUUCCCUCCUUUUCUCUUACGAUUAUUACCCAUUACUAUUGAAUUUCACGACUUUUUCCUCACAGCAAGUUUAUUUCUGAAGUGAGUUGUGACCAACACAUGCUGAAAAAGCCGCUGGGGGCAAAGGUGGAGGCAGGAAGAGAACAAGGACGAGGAGGGUGAAGAAGAGCAAGAGGAGGAGGCAAAGCAAAUAUAUUUAUUAAGUGAAUCACAAGCAACACACACUGAAAAAGCCACUGGGGAGGAGGGAGGAGAGAGAAGGAGGAGGAAGAAGAGGAGGAAGAGGAAGAGGAGAAGAGGGUCUUGCUAUGGCGUGAAGUGCCACCAUUUGAAGGUGAAGGGCCGUCGCUGGACGUUGGUGCCGCACCGGACCUCGCCCAGGCUGCCGUGGUAGGAGGCCACCUCCUCGAGGAAACGGCAGCUCAGACCCAGCGGCUCCAGGAGGGAGCGGAUCCGCUGCUCCAGGCAACAUUCCCCUGCCGUCACGGGGCCGAAGGGUUUGGGGAUGCCCAACUCCUUGGCCAGGACGAUCAUGGUGACCUGUGGGGUGACACCGAGGGAGAUCAGCGGCGUUGGGGUUGGUGACACCCAAGGGAAGGUGUUGGUCACCCUCCUCCAUCAGCCCCAGCCCUCAACCCAUCAACACCGAUUUCUGCAGCUGCCCUCCCACAGAAUUCCAAAUCCAACAUAAUUUUCCCUUUUUUUAUCAUUAAAACCCGCCUCACUAUCUCAAUUUCACUGCUUUGAGAGGGUUUUUGCCUAAAACCCCACUGCAAGCAACACAAAGCCACAAAGUUAUGUUAGACCUGCUGAAUGGCGAUAUUUCCUUUUUCUAGACAGUUGAUUUGUUUUGGGACAACUCUGGGGACUCAUCCUGGCUGACUAAGCUGGUUUUUGGAGAGGACCUGAGGAGUGGGGACCCCCUCACCGUGUUGGGGAAGUACGGCACAGCUUUGCCCUGCUUGUCGAGCUUGAAGAGGGCGGGCAGGUCGAUGAUGUCCUCCUCUGUCAAUCCCAGCUCCCUCUUGAGGAUAUCCCUGUUCCAGUCGAUGCAGCGCUGGAGGGGAUGGAGAAGGGCAGGUUGAGAGGGGGACACACAUGGGCACAGUCCCCAAAACCAUCUCACGCAGGAGAAGAGCCAAAACACACCACCUCCCUUUGCACCACCCUGGGGCAGGUUUUGCAAGAAAUAUAAAUUAUUACCAACAAUGUCAGUUCUUACCUGGGCAUACUGGUUCUGCUGCGCCAGGAUGUCAUUGGAAAGGACCUUGUUAAUGGUGACUCGUUUUGUGUCUGUCCCCGAGUACCCUAAAAAUGCAACGUCCCAUCAAAAUGAAGCCUGGCUUAGGAUGGGGUACACAGAUGGAUAAAGUCCCCCAUAUCCCAAUUUCCUGAGCUUGGAGUCACAAUUCUUAGUGUAUUGGGAAAGUGAGGGAAGAAAAGCUCUGCCCAUUGGAAAGAGCACUGGAAAGGUCUUGUCAUCCAUCUUCCUGCCCACAGGAAUCAUUAUCUGCUGAAUUUCUCCAGAGCAUCCACCACCAGGAUUUGGAUCCACCCCCUGCUUUGGGGCCGCCUGGGUCUUCUCAGUGACCUUGAGGGACCCAUGGAGAUAUGGAGACGUGCUUCCAAACCCAUCACGGAUCAAAAUCCCAAAGAAAGGAUUUCCAAAGUGACAAAACGGUGCUAAUUUGGGUAAUGUGAGAGCUGCCAGUUGUCCCACUCCGUGCCGGAGCUCCGCUGGCAUUUGGAGAUGCUCCAUCCCACCAACCAAGCAUCCCCUCCGGCGGAGGGCUUUAUCCCUGCCAUCCCACUCGCUUCCCAAAAUAGGCUGUGAGGAGGCUGGGGGUGGUGGGCGGGCAUCCCGUUGCCAGCUGUGAAGGACAACCGGGUGGGAUGAUGUCCCCACGUGGCCCCGAGUCCCCCUGUCCCUCCAGCUGCCCUCGGCCCGGCUGCUGCGGCUCCACUGACACCAAACCCUGCCCAGAGCCACCCGUGUCCCCUUGCCUUUGAACAUGGUGGCUUCUCCCUGGCCUUCCUUCUGCUUCUCCCGGAAAAGCUUGUAGCACGCGGCAGGACUGGCCAUCAGCAUCCGGAAUCGCUGCGGGAAGGCGGGAAGGAGAGGAGUCACCCAAAGGGGAUUUUCCAGAGCCUCGGGAGACCCCAGGGACUUAGUUUUGCAAAGAACCUGUGCUAAAACUCUUUGAAUUAGGUGUCUUUGCUGCUAUUUAGUGCCUUUUUUAAUGCUUGGAGGGUUUGUGGGGAAUGUGUGGCCAUAAAGAUUCCUUUUUUGAGUCAUCCAGGUCAAGGCUUGGUUUUCCUGAGGGAAAAGUCUUGUGUCAGGGUUUCCCUGAGGGAAAAAUCUGUAUCAGAUGCAGCAAAAACUGUGACAGAGGAAAGAGAAAUAUUCCGGAAACAUCUGUGAGAAGAUGAGCCGCUGGGAAUCUCCAGGGUCAUGGAUUUGCAUUGGAAUCUUGAGGUUUAAAGUUUUUGGACUACCUGUGCAAGCAUCGUUUUCCUUCUGUUUCUGUUAAUUAUUCACUCAGCAAGUCCCUUUUCGUGCUCAGAUCCCUCAUUUUGGGGACAGGAGUGAAACCCAAACUGGUUGGGAGUGCCAAAGAAAUGAGUUUUGGGGUUUUUCCUAGAGGUGACCUAGUGGGAUUAGUAUCUUGGAAGAGGAGCACCAAAGGGAUGUGGGAUUUUGGGGUACCUUUUUGUCCGAGGUGGGCACGAACGUGAGGAACUCAUUGACGUUGCCCACGGCCAACCAGUCAGAGUAGAGCUCCACGGGAGCCUGGACUCGCUGGGCAUGGAGGAAGUCCCUCACCAUCCUGGUCAUCCUCCUCCCUGUGGAUCUGGGAGUGAAAUCCCCAAGAGAGGGAGUGCGAGGAUGAGGAUUUAUCCAUCAACACGUACUUGGAUGUAAAUAGCCGCCAAGGUGGAGGAGACUGAGCGCGCCCACCCCUUUCACAGCCACUCAGGCAAGGUCUAAUUAACCCAAUUAACAUGACUUUGAUGAUAUUUCGGGGCUCUUGUGGUUCCUUUGCUCCCAAAUCUGUGUGUUCCCCAUGCCUUACGUGGGGAAGCUGCUGCCGAUGAGGAUCCUGCCCAGGGGAUACUCCUUCCCCCCCACGGACACGGGCGGACUGACCUCCAGGUUGCCGAAGGAGUCGAGGCUGGUGAUGGCUUCAAACAGGGGCUCCUUGUGCACGUACCCGAAAUCGGAGCCCUGGAAAAAGAGGGAUCACUGCCCUGAGUCCCUCCUGCCUCCGGCAUUUGAUCCUCCAGCCGGGCUCAGACCUGCUCUGGAGGGUAAACACAGCAAGAGGGAGGCCCGUCCAUGGGUGAGGAGAGGGGAAAGGAAAGGCGAGAGGAGAAAGGUCUCUGGGUCACAGAGGCUCAGGAAUAAACGGCAAAAUCCAGGAGCAGAGCUGAGGCAUUGAGAUCCCACAUCUCCUCUGCUACCCCACAGCCAACAGUUAAGUGUCCACAUUAGGUUAAUUAGUGCUGGGGCAGCCCUGGAGCGGAGCUUCUGGAUGGCUCUUCCUGAGUGGGAUGAACUGCAGCCCCUGAGGGUGAGUCUAAGAGCCACCCAAAGGGCUGUAUGGCACUUAAAUCCUGCUUAAGCCCUGAUUUCCAGGUCUUAAUAUAUCUGAGACUGAGGGUGUUGUGCAUGCAGGGUAAUUAGCUCUUGGCUGUGAUGUGUCAAAGCCCAAAGGGGAGAUUGUGGAGUUAAAAACAGGGCAAAAAUGGCAACGAUGGGACACAAUUCUUGCCGUGGACCUGUCCUUGAUCUCCAGUUUGAGUCAACACGGGCUUGGAGCUCCCGGCAGCCCCUGGGACCAGAUCAGAUAUCUGUUAGGUUGGAGUUAAAUCCCAAUCACUUAUCAGGGUUGGGUUUCCAUGGGGAUAAACCAAAUAUACAGGUCGGGAAAAAUGAGCAGGGAGACCCGAGAGUGCUUGACUUCCAUCUAGAAAUUCCUUUUUUCAAUUAAGGGUGUUUGGAGAAGCCGGGAUAGACAGAGCACAGCUUUCCCCGAGGCUCCCCGUGGGGUUUUGGGGAGUCUCUGGGGGAUUGCUGGGAUCAGCUCCUCUCUCCGGGUGCUGAGGGGGGGACUGAGCAUGAAACACCUGCUCUCAGCUUGUUUCAGUUUAAUAAACCACGGAGCCCCUCCGGUUUCAACUGUCAAGGCACUGGUUCAUCCCAGGUUUGCAGGUCGCAUCCAAGUCCUAUCAGUUCCCUGUUGAUUUUGAGGGGCUAAUUCCCUGCCAGCUCCGUUUCCCUGGCGCGGGGUCCCAGGGCUUAGGGCUUGGCCGGGGGUGAGGAGGACCCCGUGCGUGCCGAGUUUGGCUCAAUAUUCUGAGCUGGAAAAUGAGAUUGGAACGAUAGCGGCGGGGAUUAGGGGAGGCUUCAAAGCAGAAAUUGGAGAAUAAUGUGUUAGCGGCUCCCAAGGCUGAAAUUGCUUCCCUAAGUAGGGAGCAAAGCAAUUCCUAAAGAGGGCAGAUCCGAGCGGGCGCCCGCUUAUUCGCUAUUGCCACCCGCCGCAUGACUCCGAGACUCUAUGUACUCAUGUCAGGCAUGAGAAAAGAUGGAUUUCAAUGCUCCUGAAAGCUCUUAACCUUCCCCAAAGUGACAAAAAAAGUGACUCGUCCUCUUCUCCCGUUACUGGCGGAGAGAGGAUCCAGGCUGAGGCUGCUGCCAGCGCCCGCUGGGAGUGUGGGACAGCGAUUCCGUGGCUAUUUGGGGGUGUCCUGCCCUUUCUGCAUGGUGGGAUCUCAAAGGGAUCAUCUUUUUUUCCAUGCUCGUCUUUGCUGGGCUCUGCCAAAUCGCCCUCUGCGGGGUCACCGCCAUCCCGGCACGCCCUGCCCAUGGCUGGCCCUUUGCCUUGGCAAAGAAGCCCCACGGGGAUGCUGUUGGCAGCUUGUUCUCUUCCAAGGAAGUAAGUUGACCCCUCUCAUGCUUCCCUUUCCUCUCCUGCUCGGAAGCUGCUGGAUAUUCACGGGCAUAGGGGAGGAAAGGAAAAACCAGCCCACCACUGGGGUGCUGAGGGUGAAGAAUUCCAGUCCCAGAGCUUGGCAGGAAUCUUCCCUUCCCAGAGGCGUGAGCUCCUCCUUUCCUCUCUCACCCAACACCUUCUGAUCCCUGCUUUGAGGGGGAGUGAGGGUGUUGGUGUGCUCCCAACUGGAAGUGGAUGAGAUAGUAUCUCCAUGCAAAGCUGUUAAACUCAUUUUCCAGGCAAUUCCUUGUAUGGCCCCCAAGAAGCCAAGUGCCAGGAGGGUUUUAAGAGUGGGGAAUUACAUGAGGAAUAAAACCUGCAAGCUGCUCCUCAGGCAAUGCAAGCAAAUCCUUCUCUUACCAGCAGCUCCUUGACGGGGAGUUGCUCCAUCCCUCUAUCCCGAGGGGAAUCCAGCACCACUGGGAAGCACUUUUGGGGAGCGUGGGUGUAGCCAAACUCAAUCUCAUCCUGAAGAAGGGAAGAAAUCCCGCAUGGGGCACAGGAAGGAAAAGCUUUUCCCUGCCUCUGGAGCCCCCCUACCUGCAUCCAGCGAUCCCCACGGUUGGUGUAUCCGAAGCAAACCUUCAGCUUGCAGCCAGCCUUGGUCACCAGGGUCUGGAUCUCCUUGGUGAACAGGUAGUUGUCCUUCAUGCUGGGAAAGGGGAUGGCAGGAGGGAAGGAGAUGAAGGGUGGAUAUUGCCUCUGCCCAGCCUGUCUCCGGGACUGGUUUGGCUGGGAAUGCCCUCCCCGACCUCACCUGCAGAGGAAGACAUUCACCGGCGCCAAGGUGUUGGGGGUCAUGAUCCACGGGGCCACCCGGAACACCACUGUGUCUGUGAAGGCUGGAGUGUGGGGGAUACCCUGAGGGAGCAGGCGGGAAUCAGGGUCUGUCCACACACUAUUCCCCCCAAAUGCCCUUCCACUGAGGUCGUUUUUGGGGUUAAUUAAUGGGGAUCACUCUCCAUUCCCUCCCCAUCCCCUUCUCUGGGAUAGCUGCAACAAGGGAGCCCAUCUGCACCCCUUCCCUGGAGCUCCCAGACCUCUGCCAGCAUCUCCAGGAGGCUGACAUGGAUGGAGACCAGCCCGGAGAAGGAAUCGUUGGGAAAGCAGAGCCCCUGGACGAAGAAAUCGAGCUCGGCGGCCCCGCCGGGGUAGGACACGGCGUGGAACAGCUUCCUGCAGCCCAGCACCUGCACAUAGCGCUGCCCAAAGAAGGGAUCUGCAAGGAAAUGGGGAAAAUGGGACAAUUCCAAGCUUUCAUUGGUGUUCCAAGCCUAUUUCCUUGUGCAAGGAGGACUCACAGUCCCUCUGUGCUGGAGUUUUUCCACCUCUGUGGAGAUACAACUUUGUUAGAACCACCUCAAAACAGGAUGGAAGGAUUUCGCAGUUUUGUCAUGGACAAUGAGUAUGAGGAAAAAUAUCUUGACCUUUCCUUGGAUGGAGCAGCCACUGGGAAGGCAUUUUCAUGGAGUUUCUGCUCAUCCAUGGGAUGAAAAUGCCACCAGGCUGACAGGGAGGGAGGGCAGAGAAGAAAGGGGCAGAGGAGGAAGAGGAAGAAGAGGAAGGGGCAGAUAAGGCAGAGGGGGCAGAAGGGGCAGAAGAGGAGGAGGCAGAGGAGGAGGGGAGGAAGGACUUACUCUGCACAUGGAACACCCCAACCCUGUCAGCGUCACGGACAGAAACAGAGAGAAUGAUUUCGUAUCCCCGGGGCAGGCGCUGGGGCCCCUCCAUCCUCAGCACCAUCUGGGCCAUGUCCUCCAAAUCUGGGGGGCAAACAACAAAAUUAGGAGAUGUCUUAUAUGCUCCCUCCUGGAGUUUGCACCUCCUUCCCAAGAAAGCUGCUCUUCCCUCGCCACCACCCUUUGCAACCUGGAAAAACAAGCCCUGCUCCUGCUGGCGAAGCUCGUGCCUUGUGCUGGGAAACAAGUGCCCUUUUUAGCUUUUAUUUGCCCUCCUCACCCCUGGCAUGGCCCGUCCUUGACCUCAGAAACCUGAUGGGCACCGGCUCCGUGUGGUUUUAGUUUUCCAGGAACAGGUGGGUGUAUUCCUGGCUGCCUCAUCCCGAGCUCCUUUCACCUGCGUGAGGCAGCCCUGGUGAUUUUUCAGGCUCAGCUUCACGGCUCUGGUUGGCCACAAAUGCUUUGUGUUAUGAAAUGCAAAAAAAUUCCCACAUGGGAAGCAUGUCCAACAGCUGACGGAGAGCAGCUGGUUCCUGAGCAAAAUUCCAUCCCAAAAAACGUUCAAGAGGGGGAAUCAUGGAGGAUUUUUGGGAAGCUCUGUUACCUUCUUUGUUGAACACCUGCUCGUUGUCGCAGUCGGACGCCGGAGCGGAGGGAAUCUCCUUGUCACAGCCGACCAGCAGGAUGGCCCCGUGUCCCUCAGGACCCCAGCUCCAGCUGGCCUACAACAACCCGCUGAGGCUCAGCAAACUCAGCCUCAGGCAAGCCCGUGGAUUUUCCAUGUGGAGGGAGAGGGGUUACCUUGUUGGGGCUGUUCCUCUCCACCACGCCAUCCUGGUCCGCGUCGACGUCCAGGGAGAUCCCUGGAUGGACAGGAUGGGUUUCACCCACCCAUCAUCCCAGGGCAUGGCAAGGUUGGGUGGGAGAAAAAGCCCCCCAGACCUGGCAAAUGUGGGUCUACCCGUCCCCCUACCCGCCCAAGGGAUCAAUGGGAUGAGGAUGGAUUGUUGCACCCAGGAGCCUCCGUACUCACCGAUGCCAGUGAGGAAGACUCCAGCUUGGGUGAUGGGCUUCCCUUCCCCUCCAUAAAAGCUGACAGUGACCUGCAAACCCCCAGAUCCCCGAUUGGGAAAGGAUGUUCUCCAUCCGUGGAGGUCCCACACCGCAGCGUCCCGUCCCUCACCUUGUUGUCGUUGACCUCGGUGCUGGGCUGGCUCAUGCUGAACCUCAGGACCGUCCCCUCCUGCAGCGGCCACCGCGUCCCACUGCCGGGCACCGGCUCGGCCUCGUCACGGCCCCGGGACACCACAUCCACACUGACCCCCUCCGUGUGCUUCACCCCGAAGGAAACCGCCCCGGCUGGGGCCGCCCUGCCAGAAACACUCCGCGUUUGGAGAAGUUUGCACCCAAAACACUCAGUUCUCACCGCAAUUAAUUCCACGGCCAAGACUGGGCACGCCGGCGUCACCACGCUCACCACCGGCUCCUGCUGCCCUUUCCUGCCUCCCUGGGAGUUUGAGCUGUCCUUUGCUUUUAGGGCAGAAGAUACUGUUUUAGCACAAGGAGUAUUUGAACCAGUGCAGAUUAGGAUCUAUAAUAAUCCCAACCAAGCCGCUGGAAUUGAAUUUGGGUUUAAUGCCCUUCAGUGGAGAAAUCCCUGUUUAUUUUCCAGCCGGUGUUUGACAGCUCAUCACGGCACCGUGGCCACUCCACUGAGACACUUUUCCAUGGGAAACUCUAGGGGGGCUGAUUUUAUCCAACUAAUUCGGGGGUGAUUUUAUCCAACCCCAAAGCUGACGGUGCUGCCCCACUCCCGGUCCCAUAUGCCCUUUCUCUUCCCCAGCCACUCCGAGCAACCCUUUCCCCUCUUCUGGCUCCUUUUCCCGAAUUUCUGCUUCCCAGCAAAAGAUGCUGGUUUAGCACAUUGGUAUUUGUAGCCAUUGGUGCAGAUUAGGAUCUCUAAUAAUCCCAGUCUAAUAGGUACUGCUGGAAUUGAAUUUGGGCUUGCACUUCAAUGGAGAAAUCCCUGUUUACUUUCCAGCCUGGGCAAACCCGGUGUUUAACAACUCAUCAUAACACUGAGAGACUUUUCCAUGGGAAACUCUAAUUUGGGGCUGAUUUUAUCCAGCUAAUUUGGGGGUGAUUUUAUCCAACCCUAAAGCUGUUGGUGCUGCACCACUCCCAGUCCAGGGUGCCCUUGCUCCUCCCCAGCCACACCAUGCAACCCCUUCCCCUUCUCCUGGCUCCUUUUCCCGAAUUUCCCAGUCUUUCUAGGUUAUUAUUUUUGGGCUGUUUGCCCCGACACCCGAGAGCUGGUGCCGGAUCCCCGUUACGGCUUCAUUGCUCAGAUGGUUUCUGGAUGCCGACGGUCCCACCAAACCUGCCCCGUCGGGGAGGGGGGAGGGAGGAAACCUGAGCACUCCUUUGCUCCUGCCUGGGUGUCUCUGAAAUUGUUAAAUUACUUUUAAUUAUACAUGGAAAAACUGGUUCAGUUUCCUUGUUUCUUGGUUUUGGGAAUCCCACCAGGAAUUUGACCUGGAGAGGUGCCAGGGGAGUUGUAACUCUGCUGCUUGGCUUGAAUAUCAAGGGUGAGAUUUGCAAAAGCAGCAAAGACCAGAAUUAACCCCCAAAUGAGCUUUUAAACUUUUUUCUUUUCCCCCUUGGGGGGGAAUAAUUAUCCUGAAAUUCAACAUUGGGGUUGUUUUAGGGAAGGUGGUGUGGGGAUUUCCCACUUUCCCAAGACACGUUUUUUCGCUAAAUCUUGUUUUCCUUCCCUCUCCCAGCUGCAUCUCUUCCUUUGCAGUCCAUCCCUGUGGCUCCUGCUCAUCCCUCCACUCUCCAGCAGCAUUCCAAGAUGACACCGGAUCAAACCCAGCAUGGACUCGGGGUAAACACUGCAUUGUGGAAAUGGGGAUGCUCGAAGCUUUCCCGGGAUUUGCGCAGCCUUGCAAAGCCCAGGGUGGAUUUUGCCCACAAAAAGACGUCAGGGCCACGGGGUUUGGGAAAGCAGGCGGGAAAACGAGGAGGGGGAUUUGCAGGAGGGGUGAAGGUGAGAAGGAAGGCAGAGGGAAGGCUGGGGUGUCCCACUCACCCGUGGACAUCGGCGUGGAUGCGGGAGCCCAGCACGCACAGGGCCUCGAUGCGGUCCCCGGGCUGCAGCCGCAGCGUGCGGCCCCCCGGCAUCUCCUGGCCCCCCGGCAUCUCCUGGCCCCCCGGCAUCUCCUGGCCCCCUGGCAUCUCCUGGCACUGCCCCGGCAGCACCGACCCCCGGCACCCAGCCCCUGCUCCUCCUCCUCCUCGGAGCACAGCCCGGCUCUGCUGGGCUGAGGAUGACACUCUGCAGCCCAAAGGCAGGGGGAGGCUGGAUUGGACCCUCUAAAGCCUCGGGAAGAUGAUCUCCGAGGGGAGGGAAGGGAUGGAGAGGGAGGGCAGCUGGCCUGGAGCCUGCUCAGCUCCCAACCCUAUGCAAGGAGCUCCCCCAGCUGUCCCCAAAUCCCUCCACCCUCUCCGUGACCCCAAAUGGGAAUCACCGACGUGGGGGCGAUUUUCCAGCAGUUUGGAUUUUGGCGUAUCCGCCCUUUUUUUGCUCUCUAGGGAAAAUCUCUGGCUGCUCUUGGGAGGCAGAAACACGGUUUUCCAGCCCUCAGGCGAGAGUAGAACUCUCCCUUUUUUCCCCCUGCUCAUUUUCAAAGGGAAACUGGGAGCCAGUUGCUGCUGAAGGGAAAUCAGGGUGGUUUUGCCACCCCACGGAGCACGGCAGGAGCAAUUGCUGCCCACGCAGCAUUUGAAUUAUUUAUUACCAUCCAACUAAAUAUUCAUUUCAGAACCCAAACUUCUGCCCCAGAUUUUGGAAGCCACAAGCAAUUAGUGACAAGCAGAAACAUUCAGGGUGAUGUUCCCUAUUUAUAUCCCUCUUGGGCUUCUCUUUUCCAGUCCUCGCUGGCCGCAGUGCAGGGAAUCAGCUCGAAUUCAGUUUUCCAGCUGAAAGAAAUCCUGGCUUGGGUUUGGUUUGUUUUUUUUUUUUUGCCACAACCUGAGCAAAUGUGAGCGAGGACUUUGCUGAGCACACAAAAAAGACGCAGUUUUGCCACUUUUCUGCAUAUGCAAAAACGAGAUUUGGGGCAACAGGGGGACUUUCUCAAACAGUAUAAAUGUUCUCCCUGAGCAAUAUGAGAAAAUAGAACACACUUUGCUCCCAGGCUAUGCAAAAACAUUGGGAAUUUGGGUGAAAUGACCCCUAGCUUAGACAUCCCAGUCCAGGAUUUGCCCUGGAAUAUGUUCCAUCUCCCAAAAAGCAUCUGGUUUGUCUGUGUGACCCUCGUCUGUUUAAACCACCAGGAGAAACAAACACUCCUGAAAGAGGAACCAGAAAGAGAAAUAAUUUAAAAAGAGAAAAAAUAGAAAGAAACCAAAACCACCUCGUGUUUGCACCAGCAGGCUCUGCUGUCCAGCACUGCAGGAAACUUGUUUUCCCUCUUUUUACCCCAAAACAGCUGGAAUUGCGUGGUCAGGGAUGGCCUCACCUCCCUGUGAUCUGUGGGCUGGGAAAAUAGAGGUGUAAAAUCAUCAGUUUGGAAGAAAAACCAACUUCUCUUUCAUAAUUUUCACUUCCCAAUUCCUGUCCCCCCCGAAUCUGGUAUUUCAGUUGUCAGGGAAGAGAACAAAUGUGAUUUAAGUCCUCCUUUGCUUAAAAAAACCCAACCCAACACAACCCCAAAUCCCUCCCAUCUCAUAAAGGGGUUUCGGCAUCACUUGGGAAUUUUAAAAUCAGCGGGAUUUUGAGCUGGUUUGUUUUAGUAAUUGAUAUGUUAAUGUAUUUGUAGCCCUCUUGGUGUGACAAUGCUGGAAUUUGCCAGCCCCUGGAAUUUGCCAGGCAGAAGGAAAAUUGUGAUCCCAUGGGAGCAAGUGUUACCUGCUAACAAAGAUGGGAUUGAAACCCUGGGGGUUCUGGGAGUUUUUGGGUCACUCUGAGGGAUUUUUGGGCUCGUUUGUGCUUCCCUGGGAGGAGGCAACAAAACAAAAUAGAGGAAAAUGCCCUGUUUGAGGGCAAAACCAAAGGAGGAGCUGCUGGAUUGAGUGGGAAAGGGGCUGGAAGAGCCCAUUUCUCCUCCACUGCACUGGUCCCUGUCUUUGGGGGUUUUUGGCAGCCAGGUUUGCUCUUCAGAAGCCAUGUGGGGUCUUUCAAAGCUUCUUGGGAUCUUGGAAAGCCUUUGGGGGGUCUUUAAAAUCUUCUCAGAGUCUUUGCAACCCUUCUGGGGUCUCCUAAAGCUUCCCAGUGACUUAUGACCCUUUGGGAUUCUUUGCCAGCCAUGCAAGGUCUUUGUAGGCUUUCUAAGGUCUUUGCAUGGCUUUGGGGUCUCUUAAAGCUUUUUUGGGGUCUUUGGGAGCCUUUGUGGCUCUAAAGUGUUCUCAGAGCCUUUACAGCUCUGCCGAGGUCUCCUAAAGCUUCCCCAGGACUUUGCAACCCUUUUUCUUUGCCACCUGUCCAGGACCUUUCAAAGCUCCUUUAGGAUCUUUGCAAGGCUUUUGGGGGUCUUUCAAAGCUUCUUGGGAUCUUUGCAAGCCUCUGGAGGUGUUCACGGAGCUGCUGGUGUUGGGAACAGGCAUGAGGACCUGCCUGAUCUGUCUCAAUGAAAUCCUGGGUGACUCCAUCCAUGGUUUGUUAAAUCAGCCUCAGUUUGUGCUGCCAGAACGGGGGUUUUCAGGAGGCAAAAGUGCCUUUAGCACUGCAGCUCCGCUCUGGGCUAUCAGGUGGGAGAUCAGCAGCCUCCCAGGACACAGAGAUAUCCAUGGAUAUCUGCAGGGAGGUGUCUGGAGGCUCGUGGUUCCCUGGCUGUGGUCAGGCUGGUCAGAGGAGUUCUCUGGGUCCGUCUUAAGAUCAGAUCAACCAGAUUAGGAGCUGCUCUGCAUGAACUUCUCUGCUGCUGGGGGAGCUCUGCCUGCCCUCCUUUCCAGCACCUGGGAACAGAUCCCAGCUCUGGGGCUUGCAAACAGCCCCACAGAGCUGAUUCUGGAGGGUUUUCCCUGAGGAGCACCCGGAGGUGGGUCCCUGGGGGGAUCACACCCGGGGGGGCUGGAUCAGGAAUUUUGGGGUCAUUCUGUGGCUCCCUCGUGUAGGCAUGAGCCUUAUUCCAAUGAGUAGGAGGGAAAUGUUCCCCCAUGGAGUCCUUCCAAACUGACCUUUCAUGUUUAGGAGGUGCAAACAGGUGCCCAUCCCAAGAGAGCCACGAGGCGCUGCCUGUUCCUGCCCAUUCCUGCCCGGAAUUUGGGAAGAGGCAGCUCUGAGGAGGCCAAACCAACGCACUGGGGAGGAUGAAGGCAAAGCUGAGCCCACCCCUGGCAUUGCUGCUGCCUCUGGAGGUCUUUGCAACACGCCCUGGAGAGGGGGGUGUUUAUAGGGAUAUUUAUAGGGCAGCCAACUGAAUGCAAAGCUGGGGCAGAGCGUGGGCAGGGUGAGCACGGGGGGACAUGCACAGCUCCAGCCCUGGGGAAAAGCAGUUUUAUGGGAUGCUUUGCUCCUGGAUUAUGGUAUGGAGCCUCCCUGCAGGCAGAUGGCUGCGUUUUGUGGAGGGGAAAGGACAGAGGGGGAUUUUUGGGGCUUUCUGGUUGCAAAGCUGGGAGAUUUUCCAGGAUUGGCACCAGAAAGCUCUUUUUACCGGUCCAAAUCAGCAUCUCCCCAUUAUUCCCUGGCUUCCAGCUGGGAUGGGGAAUGCUUGGUGGCUGUCUGGGGUGCUCCAGCCCUGCUGUUACAGCUAUGUGCCUAAAGAAAAUAAACCCUCCUGCAAACCCCAGCGGGACUUGAUAACUGGUUUGAUGUCUUGCCCUAUUGCAAGUAAUUAGGCUGACAUGGCUCUUAAAAGUUCCUGCCUGCAAUUAGACAUGCAGAGUAAUAAAUAAGGGGUAAUUAUCGGCUUAGGGAGAUUAUCAAACUUUCCUUGACGGAGUGGUGGUGCAGGAUGGGUGAGAAGAAACGCCCCAGAGGGAUCUGAGCUAUUAAUGGGAUUCCUGGGGCAGCACUGAGGGGGGUCAGGUCUGGCUCAGUCGUGGCUAAAACCAGGCUGAUGUGGGGCAAAAACCAAAGUCAGGCCCAAAAGCAGGCGGGCCGAGCUCCUACAGUUUGAUGGACAGGCAGGAUCCCGUCUGUCAUGUCCCAGGGAUCUUAAUGGCAACUUUCUCAGGACAAGGUGUUAUUAGGAAGAAACACUCAGCUCUGAAUGGGCCCGAUGACUUAAAAUGCUCAUUCUGCCUGUGCACGGGCAUGUCGGGCUAAUAGCAGGUGGAGGAGGAAGAGGAGGGGAGUGGAGGUCCCACCCAACCCAGACGAGGUGUUUGGGGCCUGCCUGAGCCUCCGCAGGGAUCGUGGCGGCUCCAAACGCCCGGGACUGACCAUGCUGGAAAAAUCCACCCAGACCCGACGGGGAUGGGAGCUCUGGGCUCUGGGCUCUGCGUGUCCAUCCCUCCUGCACGGGGGUGAUCCCAGGGGGAUUUGGAGAAACACUCUCUGCUGAAGGCCCUGGUGCUCACUGGGAGCCCAAAACCACCGUCCUCCCCCUCCCUGCAGAUUACAGACCACGCCAGCCUGACCCUGUGGGGAUUAAGGUGUGUUCCCUGUCCGGCACCGGGAACCAGCCGAGCAGGAUACGGGGCUCCAAUCCCAGCAGGCAGCAAGCUCAGCACCGUGCCCAGUCCAAACCAGUGUGACCAGCAGCCACGAGUGGGGAGCCCAACCUGCAGCUCCCUUCAGGAGAGAUGCUGCCGUGGCCAAACUCCUCCUCAGAGGAUGCUCUGGGAGCUCCUCACUUGCUUUUCCAGCUCUACUUCUGCCCAGCUCCAAGUUUUGGGGAUCCACAAGGUCCUUGAGAACCAACACAAUUCCCAAAUCUAGGAACACCAGGAAUUUGGAUUGGGCUGGUGUUUGGAAAAUGGGGUUUUAUCUGAAAUCUUUGGCAAGGAGAGCUCUGGGAGAGCCCGGAAACUCCGCCGGUGUUCCCCACUGGAGCAUCCUGCCGCUCCUCCAGGCUCCCACAGGCUUAUUAAAGCCGUUCUCGCAUCUGAGACACAGAGCUGGGGUUUUGUUGCUGCAAUUAAAGUCGGAGGGAGCCCUUUAAUGUGUCCUGGCUGGGAGAUGUGUAAAGCAGCCGGUUUGAUCUCCCAAGGGAACGGCGGCUCCUCCGGCUGAGCACGCGCCGCUCACUGCCCUGCCGGGGACGGGGCCCCCAACUCUGCUGAGCUCACUUGGACCUUCCCAGCUCCCAGGGGGUGCUGCCACUUCCAAAACUGGGUUUCUCCUGAUUCCAGCCCUCUCCUGCCCAUUGCAUCCCUAAGCUGAACACAUCCCCACAUGAGGAUGAGCCACGUGGCAAUGGGACACUCUCGGUCCCUGUGUUGCCUUUUCCUCCAUCUCAGCUCCAUCCUCCAGACCUCCUUCCCACCUCAAUGAGAUUAAUCUUGCCUGGCUUCCUCUUUGCAGGCAGGCAAAUCCUCCUGGGAUGGCCUGGAAAGAGAUGGCUAUCUCCAGCAAUGCCACCUUCCAGCGGAGGGGAUGAUUCCUGUGGGAUCUUUGCCCAAAAAAUCCCAAUCCCCUGAAACACAAGGUCCAAGCGAAACACUGACAACUUUUAAUUUCCACGGGAAGCCUCCUGUUGGUUUGCUGUUUGUUGUUUUCCCCUUCCCUGCCAAACAAGCAGUUUUCCCUGUGCCCGUUUCUUCCCGUCUCCCGUCCUUGGGACUCCUUCUGAUGGGAAGGAGCGACCUGAGCAAACAUUUCCUUUAGUCCAGCUUUGUUCAGGCUUUGCCCCGAUGCUGCAGCUGAGGCCGUGAGUCACCUGUGCAGAGGCCGCACGGAAAAUUUGGGUUGUUUUAAAGAAAAAGCUUCAUUUCAAUGAUAAUAUUGUAAUAACCCCAAACAAGCCCGUCGUGCUGCCAGAGGAGUAACACAUGUUUAAUGCAUUAGAGCCUCGAAGGGUUUAGAUGGAGCCGUAAAGGAAUGAAAAGGGGGAGAAGGAAUCCCUAAAAGCUCAGUGCUGAGCAUCCCAGGGCAGGGCUGGGUGUCACCUCUGCCCCGUGUCCCCUCCCCGGGGCCGCCCUAUCGCCUCCAUCUCCCCAAGCGGGGCGGCAGCUCGUUGGGUGCUGGAGGUGCUGGAGGUGGAGACGGCAGGGUCCCCUGGCCGAGCCCCGUCAUCGAGGGAAGGAGGAGUUAAAUUCCCCUGCCUUUUAAUCCAGUCCUGCUGGUUUCCCUGCAAAGCCAGGCAGCAGCUUCCCUCCCAUGCAGCCGCCGUGCCCGGCACACCAUGCCCCAGCGUCACGUCAUGCAGAUGUCCACCAGCCACGCCACCUACGGCGUCUGCGUGCUGGGCACCGAGGUCUUCCUCGACACGCGCCGAUCUACCCCCAAAGCUGCCACGUCAUUCGACGUCCACGCCACCUCGGCGGUCACGGUCCACAUCAUCCACAGCCCCACCACAAAGCCCAUGAUUAACUCCAGGUGGCCCCUGGAUCCCGACAUAGAGGUCGUGGUGACGAUUGAUGUCACCAGCAGGACCGUCAAUGACAAUAAGGUUAAGAUCUCCUACUAUGGCCGGGAGGGCAACGAGCUGGCGGUGGCCUGGCUGUACCUCACGUGUGUCGAUGUGUCCCUGGACGUGGACUGGAGCCGGAGUGGCAGAGUGAAGAGCAAAGGGAAGGACAAGGCCAAGUGGACAUGGGGUCCGGAUGGACACGGUGCUGUGCUGCUGGUCAACUGUGACCGGGACAGCCCCGGCACGGGGGGGCCGGACAGCGGCCAGGCGGACAUACGGACCCCCGCAGACCUGAAGGACAUGUCCAUCAUGCUGCUGAGGACCCAGGGGCCCAGCGCCACCUUUGCCGAGUACCAGGUGGUCCUGCACGUCUCCGAGACGGACGCGGAUAAAGUGCGGGUUUUCCACGCUAUCCGGAGUGACUCACACCCCCACUACAAGCCCGUGCUGGGGCCGGACAAGCUCUCCUACGUGCUGGACCCCGUCGGCAGUGGGGAGAACACCUUCUACGUGGAAGGGUUGGCCUUCCCUGACAGGGGCUUCUCGGGCCUGGUUUCCUUCAGUGCCAGCUUGCUGGAGGUCCCCCACAAGAAUUCCCCGGGCACCCCGAUUUUCACGGAUACGGUGGUUUUCCGUGUGGCUCCCUGGAUAAUGACCCCCAACACCCAGCAGCCUUUGGAGGUUUUUGUCUGCAGCAUCAAGCAGGGCUCAGAUUCCAAUGAGGCCUUUCUGGAAGGGAUCAAGGUCCUGCUGAAGAAAGCCAACUGCAAGCUGACCAUCUGCUCGGAGCAGGACACCCGGAGCGACCGCUGGAUCCAGGAUGAGCUGGAGUUUGGCUACGUGGAAGCACCACACAAGACCUUCCCCGUGGUCUUUGACUCUCCCAGGAACAGAGGAUUGAAGGAUUUUGCCUUUAAGAAGAUCCUGGGCCCUGAUUUUGGCUACGUGACCCGUGAACCCCCCGGGAAAAACAUCACCAGCCUGGACUCCUUCGGCAACCUGGACGUCAGUCCCCCGGUGACGGUGCGAGGGAAGGAGUAUCCCUUGGGAAGGAUCCUGAUCGGCAGCCCCCUGCCUUGGGCCGCGGGCCGGAGGAUGUCCAAGGCUGUCCGGGAUUUCCUGUACGCCCAGAAGGUGCAGGCGCCGGUGGAGGUUUACUCGGAGUGGCUGAGCGUGGGCCACGUGGAUGAAUUCCUCACCUUCGUCCCGGCCUUCGACAGGAAGGGAUUCCGGCUCCUCCUGGCCAGUCCCAACGCCUGCUACAAGCUCUUCAAGGAGAAGCAGAGGCAGGGCCACGGGGAAGCCACCCAGUUCAUUGGGCUGAAGGGCAGCGAGAGGAGGAGCAUUGACGAGAUCCUGGCGGACGAGUCGCUCAAGAGCGACAACAGGCACGUGCAGCGCUGCAUCGACUGGAACCGUGACCUGCUGAAGCAGGAGCUGGGCCUGAGCGAGCAGGACAUCAUCGACAUCCCCCAGCUCUUCAUCCUCAUGGGCUCCCGCGCCGACGCCCUCUUCCCGGACAUGGUGAACAUGCUGGUGCUGGGCAGGCACCUGGGCAUCCCCAAGCCCUUCGGGCCCGUGGUGGGCGGGCAGUGCUGCCUGGAGCAGCGCGUGCGGGAGCUGCUCGAGCCCCUGGGCCUCACCUGCACCUUCAUCGACGACUAUUUCUCCUACCACGUCCUGUCCGGGGACGUUCACUGCGGCACCAACGUCCGCAGGAAGCCCUUCCCCUUCAAGUGGUGGCACGUGGUGCCUUGAGGCCCCCGGGGACACACCCAGGUCCUGCCACCGGGGGUUGAAGCUGCAUUUGGUGCAUCGGAAGAUGCAUCAAAAUGAAGGGUUUUGCCAAUAAAGCUUCUUGAGCACCGAGGGCACA